UUGGAAGCUUUUUCCUUACGGAUCGCAUGGAAAAUCAGACGAGACUUCUCUCCUCCUCCGCUCGCGAAUUCUCCAGAAGAUUCUGCGGUUUGCUUCUCUUGCUUUGCCUCCUCUCCUUCCUGCUCGUGAAUUCCGACGCGGUUUCCUCAGACGAGGCGGUCGCUAGGGCGAUGAAUCCACGGCGGUCUAAUUCGUAUCCAUUUUCGUCGGAACAACCUAUUGGAAAUGGAGGUGCAAAUAUUGGUUACUCUGCAGUCGGUGAUGAUAGAUACUAUCGUGAAAUUCCGAGCGGACCAAAUCCUAUUGGCAACAGGAGAACGAAGGAAAGUUAAACACGAUCGAAAUUAUCUGCCUCUCUCUCUCUCUCUGAUGUUUCUGUAAUUCUGUGAUAGAGAUUCGAUCGAUCAUGAGUAAAUUCAUACUGUUC